AUGCAUGCAUCGAAGGAAGUCACGAUGCCACAGUUGGCGAUCGUGCUCGGUGACGAAGUAUCUCUUGCUACCCUCCAGCGAGAGUGGGAGGCGUUUCCACAAGGGGUCUCCUAUACAGAGUUCCGACAACUGCUUGAACCGCAUGCCAGGCAACACCCCAGCCCUGAUGCAUCGACGAACGCGAGCGUUGCUUUCCUGCAUUCAUGGACCCAGCCUUGUUGCGGCAUCUCUGCCUCCUCGCCACCCGCAUCUGUAAUCCGACCCGUUCAGCCUCAGCGAGCGCACGCCACUGCUCCAGUGACCCUCGCCUCCGCCGCCUUCGAUGACGCCGGUACGAAUCGGGAGGCGGAACGAACCCGCCGUAUCCGCAGUCGGCAGGAACUAGCUGGGGUCACGACACGCUCCGUCGAACCCCUGAAACACCUCUUCAACCGCGUCAACGUCCACAAUCAACAACGCAUCACGUGGGAGGACUUCGUGAACUACCUGGUCGCCGAGGCGAGCAAUGGCAUGACAGGAACGAGGCUCAGCAACAGCACCUUCAAUCAGUUUACCUUCUCGCGGCGGCUGCGGAGCCAAUCCAAGCACUCACAGAAGCCGCAGAAACCAAAGAAGAGCACCUCCGCCGAGGCACUCACAUUCAGGCACUACUGUCGCGGCGUCCAGGAUGUCCCUAUGGGAGCUCGACCGUCGGCCGACCAAGAGGUUGACGCCGGACUCGGGCGCGCUGCAGUGGGCGUCCGCGAGGCCGAGGAUCUCGGCCUCAUACGCUUCCUCGACGGCCUGCCUGGACACAAGUCGCUUUUCUUUGCGUCUACCCGAAGCUGCCCUUUCAUGCUUUAUUCGAAGAAGUCUCUCGAGCGUGUCUACUCGGCACCACCGAAUAUGCUCCCGGGAGUGAUUCCCUCGGCUGUUUGUUACUUGGCUGCGCGCGACCUGUUCGUGUGCUACUCUCCGGACGAUCGACUGUUGCGUGGUUGGGGUGCGCUUCUCUCGAACGUCCUCGCGGCCACGACGAUCACUCCACUGCAGCUGGAGGGUUUAGUGCUUCGUAUCCAGGCGAUGCCGCGCGAAUCGCCCACCUACGCCGAUUACAUGGAGACGAUCUUCCUCGGCAACAGUCUCGGGCAGGUGCUGCGCGUCACAGCACCUCACCGGCGCAGCGGUGGGACGGAGUUCACAGUGGUGCAGACCUACGCCAACCUUCACACGCGCCAAUCCGGCGGCCUUGUGGACUUCUGCGUGUACGGGGCGCACCUGUACUCUUCCGGCUUUGACGGGCGACUCGUGGUGACAUCUCUGGUCACGGGGAAGUCAUUCGAGCUUGGUAGGGUUGCCAAUGAGCACUUGAACACGCUUGUGUACGUCGCAGGGCACGACUGGGUGGUGGCAGCGACCUCGUGUGGGCGCCAGCUGCUUUGGUGGGAGGCGCACUCGCACGGCACCCUGCCUGGCACGCUAUUCAACGUGGCCGGCCACGGCGAACACAAUGCAUGCAUCAUUGCACUCAUUUAUAUGGCGGCAGCGGACCAGGUGGUGAGUGCUGACUGCGAGAGCGUCGUGAAGGUCUGGGAUGCGUCUACGCAGCGGUGUGUGCAGUCGUUCCGGAGCAGUUGCGUACCGCAGCGGCACAAGGGGUCACUUUGCAGUGUGCCGGCGAAUGAGGCGAAGGCGUCGUCAGCCAACACGCGCACCGCGGCACACGCCGGCAAUCUUGCAGGCCUCUUUGCCAAUCUUGGACUGCUUGCCUUGCUGCCGGCUGGUGUGGGGCAGGCGAGCCACAUCGGCGGCCCCCAGUGCCACAGCUUGAGUUACUGCGCGUCGACGCAAGAGCUGCUCUGCGGCUUCUCCAACUCCAUCGUGUGCUGGGGGUUGCACAGUCGUGACAGGCCGUUCGCGUGUGACGAGGAGGAGGUGUGCUACGAUGUGUUCUAUGACAUUCGGACCCGCACGUUCCUAGUGCAGGGCGCGACGCGGCUUAGCGUGUGGGAUGGCGUACACGGAUACCGUCGCGGUGUGUUGAGUCAGGUGAAGGAAUCCGGGGUAUCGAAAGUCGGUGCCGAUAUCAAGGCGGUAUGCAUUGACGAGCUUGGCAGCCGCGUGUUUAUGUCACUGAGCGAUGGGAGCGUUGUGUGGUACAUGACGCAGCACCUCGCGGCGGACGCUUCACAAUGCACGGCCGCCACGGCAGCAGUCUGGUGGCAUGCCAAGUCUUUCGGCUCUGGCGCUGAGGGGGGUGGGCCGCCGCUCGUAGAGCAGAUGCACUACUCGUCUAUCUCGCGCACUUGGAUCGCCAUCACUUCCAAUGGGACGCUGCUAGUGCGAUCGGAGGAAGACAAUCAGAUGGUGUGCUUUUCGACCACCAUUUCCGUUUCUGCGUCGCCUUUGGUCCAACUGCGCGUGUCGGAGGAGCUGGGACUUGUCGCUGUGACUGAUGCGCAGCGGACUGUGUACAUCUACGACAUGCAGGCGUGGAUGGACGCACCGGUGACGAAGAGGCUUGCCAUGUACGACGGUCUUGUGGACCUGAUUUUCCUCGACAGUGCACCAGCUUUGGUGACGGUGCACGCCGGUGGCGUUUGUCAGUGCUGGUCAUGCGCGCCGGCGGUGGAGCGGUUCAAACUGUUGAGCGUUUUUUACCAUCCGCAGCAUCCCACCCCUAAACUUGCUUCAGCCGCCACAGUAGAGGCAGAACGUGCGUGGAUGCAGGUAAUGGGGCGGAUGCACCCUGGCAGCACGGGAGCGAUGCGAGGAAAGCCGCACAUGCAGUACCCAGCCACGUCCCCGUGCUAUCACACAAUUGCAGCCACAGCCCCUGGCAGUCACAACAUCUUGCAGAUGACUGGUUCGAGCGCAUCGCCGCUUGGGGUCCUGUUACCUAAACUUGCCUGCUUCUCUCGCAGUGGCUCUGCAUCUGUUGCAUCACGACCGACAACGCCGGCGCGAGGCGCAUCACAGCGCAGCUCGUUAUAUCCGCUGCGACUGGGGUCAAUCCUUGAGGGAACCUCAGCUGAUCAGACGCAGGUUUCGGGUGAAGGCACAUCGUCCGUCUUGAAGCUCACCAUCUCCACGGGAAGGGCAGCCACCGACGCACCGCGAGACACUAGGGCUGGCGAUGGCUGGACUGCCACCGCGGCGACUCCGACCGCAUCCGUCGAGUUCACCUCCGCGACUUACGACGGGCGGCAGCAUCACUUGUUCCUCGGCGACUCUGAGGGUGUCGUGCACACCUAUAGCAUGUGUCCCGUUCUCCAAGCGUACAAGUUGCCUCGUUGCACCUACGCGAGCCGGCCAGCGUUCUCGCUGACCGCCGCAACGGAAUUCACUGGAGCGGAUGCCGGCGACGGCUUCGCAGCCCCGAAACUGAUGCGGUCGGUGCAAGUGCACUUGAACCAGAGUACUGCAACAGAGCCAGGUGCAGAAGCCCGCCAAGGUUGCACGUAUCGCGGCAAUAUGUCCACAGCGACGCGACGCGACAAUGAUCAGUGCGGUGUGGUCUGCGUGCGGUGGCUUGACGAUCGUGGCGUACUCGCCACCUCUGGCUACGACCACGAGGUGUGGUUCCUCGAUUGUGAUACGGGAGAAAAGGUUGCCUGCUUGUCGACAGAGCGGCGACUUUCUCGAGCCGAUCGCGCCGACCAGCCAGUGACAACUUCCAGGCAACACCACAGGGGGCUGACGCAAGAGUCGACGGUCCUGAGUGGUGUGCUCAACGGACAAAGGGCCGAGGCCGCUAGCACACUGCCAUCUCACAGUAUCUUCAGCCUGCCCCAGCUACCGCGCUACGAUGAUUUGAACGACGCCAGCGCCGCUGGCUUUCUCACAGGGGCGUCGCAGCUGUGCUGCUGCACGCACGGCACGAGAAACGAGGACGUGACGGCGACAGAGGAAGGCAGAGAGACCGUGUCACCGGUGCCGUGGGGGAAAGAGGAACAUGGCGGGUUGGCUACGUUGCCGAGUACACGAUGCACACCGGUGAACUCCCACAGGCCAGCGUCCUCUGUAGGCCAGAGAUGCGCGUCUUUCAGCAGCCUCUCUCGCUACUCGACCCCGGAGAUGAUCGCGACGGUUAGGCACGACGGCGCACCGACAGGGCUGAAGGACGACAUACAGGGGCCGAAGGGCGCACCCGGCAGCCUUUUCUUGCGACCCUCAUCGCGCUCACCGACAAAGGAGCAAGCGCUUUCAAACGACGUGCCUCGUGGUUGGAGACCCCUCUCACGUCACAACACUUCAAUGCUCGCAGGCAACCCCCUCGAGAGGGGCGCGGGCCCGAGAGACACCGCUUCUGCCGCGCUGAGCGCGUCGCGCACCUCCGAUCGCGACAAUGGUACGCAGAUUCACAUCUCAGACUGGCAGAAGCGCGACCUGAUGGCGAUGCGUGAGUCGCGGGGCGUGAAGCCGCACGCGCCAGUGCAGCCUGGCUUGCAAAACACGCUGGUGCACGUGGAAGAGAGCAAGUGGCACAGUGCGGAAACGACGGGGCAGCCCACUCUUUUGGGUCCAGCUGACAGCGUCUCCAGGCAUGUGGCGCGAACCGCCACAGCAGCAGCCGCAGCGCUGGCAGCCACAGGCGCUGCAGUCUCACAAACCGAAGCGGCAUCUGCGUCGAGUGCCCUAAGCCUGACAACGAAUAUGGUGGCGUCGAACAACCUCCGAGGCGAAACUGCAGCGAGGGCGGCAGAGACAAGCGGCGACAUCGACUCCUUCGGCGUCAAGGAAGACGCGGUACUGAUCGAGUCCUGCGGCACUGUGAACAGGCCUUCGUGCAACAGUAUCAGCAUCGCCGGAGCGCUAACGCUGUGCGUCUCAGGAUGCGCGCUGACGGCCUCCGCUGUUGACACGGACAGAAACGCAGCGGCAAGUCAACAGGAGCGGAAGCAGCCGCACCUACCACAAGGAGCACAUGGGGGGAGGAUCAGAUCCAAUUCAAAGAGUAGCUCCGCUGUGGUGCGUCACGGGAGCCCUUCACGAGUGCCGCUCACGCAGCCAUCGGCUUCAGUACACCAAAAAUCUAGUGGCGCACGGACACCUCCCAAGAAGGCCCUCCGGAAAGAUGGCAGUGGAGGGCUCACUCCUUCCUCGCUUCUGUUGGGCGUGACGGCGUACUCCCCUUCCCAGAACAUGGCAGACCAGACCCAAUCGUUUACCUCUGCGAACGCUCUGUGCCUACCGCCUAUGCUAGCCUACAGCAACGAGUGUGAGGGUAGGUCAACGUUGGAGAUGUACUCUAGUGAACUCCGUCAGUGCCUCCGGCGACCGCGUCGAUGGCACGAGACGUAA